CACUCAUACUUAACUUUCAUCGUGCUUCUACUGUGGAUCGGAUUUCCGAUGAAAUGGCACCAGAUAUGGAGAGAGCGCUGUUGAAUCAGCACAAGGAGAGGCACUUCACUGCCGGUGAGGUCGUGCGCGACAUAAUCAUCGGCGUCUCCGAUGGACUCACGGUUCCGUUCGCGUUGGCAGCGGGGCUCUCCGGCGCCAGCGCAUCCUCGUCCGUCGUUCUCACCGCCGGAAUUGCGGAGGUCGCCGCAGGCGCCAUCUCCAUGGGACUCGGAGGUUAUCUGGCUGCUAAAAGUGAAGCAGAUCAUUAUACGAGAGAGCUGAAAAGAGAACAGGAGGAGAUCAUAGCCGUGCCUGAUACAGAGGCUGCUGAGGUAGCAGAAAUACUAUCUGAAUAUGGCAUUCAGCCUCAUGAAUAUGCACCAGUAGUGAAUGCUCUGAGGAAGAAUCCGAAAGCUUGGUUGGAUUUUAUGAUGAAGUUUGAACUUGGACUGGAGAAGCCAGAUCCUAAAAGAGCAGUACACAGUGCAGUCACCAUUGCUGUAGCAUACAUUGUGGGCGGGUUAGUGCCACUUCUCCCAUACUUCUUCAUUUCCAAAGCUACAGAGGCUGUUGUUAUCUCGGUUUUCAUAACUCUUCUGGCAUUACUCAUAUUUGGCUACGCCAAAGGCCACUUCACCGGGAACAAACCUUUUCUCAGCGCUCUUCAGACUGCUUUAAUCGGCGCCAUUGCUUCCGCCGCAGCCUUCGCCAUGGCCAAGCUUGUACGCCCCUGAUUUCAUUCCAUCCAUUCUUGUUGUGUUUCUUUCUGCACUCUUUUACCUGUGCUCUGUUUCUAGUUUUCGACAUCUCUUGAAUCGGACUAGUAAAAAAUUUGAAUUUAAAUAAUUGUUUAAUAUAAUAUGAAUAAAUAUUGAUA